GGAAAAUCCAUCUUUGGAGAAAACUACUAGUAGUAACUUGAAAAAUGUUUUGGUUUUUUCUACUUCAGCUGCCAAGAGACAGCAAGGGAGUUCAUGCAUGGAGAAUUCUGCUACUUCAGGUGAAGUUAACAAGGAUGGUAUAUUGCAAGCUUGUCAAACAACUGCCGAGUGUAGCCAAGUCAAUUUUCAAAGUGUUUCUGAACUUUUGUCAGCUGCUGAUAAAUCUUCUGGAUUGACUGCAGUUGAUGUGGGCAAAGCAUUAAGAGGUCUGGCUGCACCAAAGCCAUGUGCCCGAACUGGUUUAGCCGCUGACUCAACUGAAAGAUAUGGGGAUAUGAUAUCAAGCUUUGCCGCUAAUUCCAUAUCCGAAUACCAUAUUCCCGGCCAGAAGGCUCCUCUGGAUCUUACUUUAAAGACCGGUCAAAAUGUGAGAGGCUCCCAGGGCUUCAAGGUUUUGCACUCAUUAAUGUAUCCUCAAUCCAUCCUGCCACCAUCUCUUACAUCAGUGCUAAGCUCAUCAACAGUAGAUGCAGUUUGCACUUCUCAGUUUGUCGUCAUGUUUAUUGGUGGUGAUAGCUCUGGGAGUCCCAAAUGCUUCUGCAAUGCUUAUAUUUCUCGGUAG